AUGAACAUCGGGGAAAUAUCGAAACCUCCGGAUGAUCCAAAUAUAUUGCAAUCGUGGUUUCAGCAUUGUUUUAGUGGUGAUAUAUUUAUGCUGCAAUUGACAGGAUUGUAUUCCGCACGUCAUAUUUUCACUCGGGAUGUACCAAUUUCGUCGUAUUGGGAAAUUACACCUUUUAUUUUUUGUGGUGGAGGAUUGUCUUUCGGUUUAAUUUGUGACAUGCGGAAUGCUUUUGAGUUGGCGCAAACUGAUAUCAUGUUGACUAUUGAAAUUGUUGCUGCUUGUCUCAGCAGUUUUUUAAGUAUAUUCAAAGGCUUACGAAUAUGGCUGUACCGACGAGAAUUGUAUGACUUGAUUCGAUUAUGUUACCUCCGAUGGAAGAUUCAAGUAUCCCGUAAGAACAUAACCACAUAUAUGGUAAAAAAUGCUCGAACAAUACGCCAAUUCAGGAUUGUUUAUAGUAUAGUGGUUGCAGCACUUCUUACGUCAUAUGUAGUACGUCCGAUCAGGGCAUAUCUGCUGUUUACGUUCUCCCAAUCGAAUGGAUCCUUUCAUUUCUCUGAAACUGUGUAUCCCGCCCAUUAUCCUUUUGUAUUGAACUCAGCCAGACCGUUUUUCUUAUGUAUAGCCUUGGAAACAGUCGGGAUAUUUUACUUAGGUCUUUAUUGGGUGACAGCGGAUGCUCUUUUCGCUCAACUCACGACACAUUUAUCAAUUCAAUUUCAAAUCCUCGGCAAUGAGAUACGUCAUAUGCGUGCAAGUACUGAAUUUUCGUCAUACGAUACAGAAGAAAUCAUGAAAGGAUUAAAGAGAAAUGUCGACGAGUACCUAGAAUUGUUUGGAUACGUUCAUUCCUUGGAGAAGAUCUACAACCCAAUACUGUUCGCAACUGUUCUGAUUAAUGGCAUAGAUCUUUGCACCUGUCUCUAUAGUCUACAAUAUCGAAUAGGAGAGAGUCAUUGGGGAGAUGUUGGUAAAGAUGCGGUACAUGCCAGUGGUAUUGCGUUACAGACUCUCAUGUUUUGCGUAUCGGCACAGCGAUUAAAUGAGGAGGCAAUCAACAAUAUUAAUUCAUUAUGAUCAUACAUUUAAAUAAUUAAUUGUUCAUAUGAAAAUGUCC